AUGGUUCGUGAUAUUAUUGUGGUAUUGGAGCAGCAGCCAGGCAGUGACGAGCAUGAGCGCCAAAACAACGAUACACAAAACAACGAAACACAAGACAACGAUACACAAGACGCCGAUACACAAAACAACGAAACACAAGACAACGAUACACAAGACGCUGAUACACAAGACGCCGAUACACAAAACAACGAAACACAAGACGCCGAUACACAACACAACGAAACACAAGACGCCGAUACACAAGACGCUGAUACACAAAACAACGAUACACAAGACGCCGAUACACAAGACAACGAUACACAACACAACGAAACACAAAACAACGAAACACAAGACGCCGAUACACAAGACGCCGAUACACAAGACGCCAAUACACAAGACAACGAUACACAAGACGCCGAUACACAAAACAACGAAACACAAGACGCCGAUACACAAAACAACGAAACACAAGACGCUGAUACACAAGACGCCGAUACACAAGACAACGAUACACAAGACGCCGAUACACAAGACGCCGAUACACAAGACAACGAUACACAAGACGCCGAUACACAAAACAACAAUACACAAGACGCCAAUACACAAGACAACGAUACACAAGACAACGAUACACAAGACGCCGAUACACAAGACGCCGAUACACAAGACAACGAUACACAAGACACCGAUACACAAAACAACGAAACACAAGACAACGAUACACAAGACGCCAAUACACAAGACAACGAUACACAAGACGCCAAUACACAAGACAACGAUACACAAGACACCGAUACACAAGACAACGAUACACAAGACGCCGAUACACAAGACAACGAUACACAAGACGCCGAUACACAAGACAACGAUACACAAGACGCCGAUACACAAAACAACGAUACACAAGACACCGAUACACAAAACAACGAAACACUAGACGCCGAUACACAAGACGCCGAUACACAAAACAACGAAACACAAGACGCCGAUGCACAAGAUGCCGAUACACAAGACAACGAUACACAAGACGCCGAUACACAAAACAACGAAACACUAGACGCCGAUACACAAAACAACGAAACACAAGACGCCGAUACACAAAACAACGAUACACAAGACGACGAUACACAAGACAACGAUACAGAAAACGAUGAUACGCAAGACGCCGAUACACAAAAUGAUGAUACACAAGACGACGAUAAACAAGACGCCGAUACACAAAAUGAUGAUAUGCAAGAAGAUGAUACACAAAACAACGACACACAAAACAACGAUACACAAAACAACGAUACACAAAAUGAUGAUAUGCAAGAAGAUGAUACACAAAACAACGAUACACAAAACAACGAUACACAAGAUGCCGAUACACAAAACAACGAUACACAAGACGACAAUAAACAAGACGCCGAUACACAAAAUGAUGAUACACAAGAAGAUUAUACACAAAACAACGAUACACAAAACAACGAUACACAAGACGCUGAUACGCAAGACGUCGAUACACAAGGCGCCGAUACACAAAACGAUGAUACACAAAACAACGAUACACAAAACGACGAUACACAAAACGAUGAUACACAAAACAACGAUACACAAAACGACGAUACACAAAACAACGAUACACAAAACAACGAUAUACAAGACGCCGAUACACAAAAUGAUGAUACGCAAGAAGAUGAUACACAAAACAACAAUACACAAAACAACGAUACGCAAGACGCCGAUACACAAGACGCCGAUACACAAAACAACGAUACACAAAACAACGAUACACAAAACAGCGAUACACAAGACGCCGAUACACAAAACGCCGAUACACAAGACGCCGAUACACAAAACAACGAUACACAAAACGACGAUACACAAGACGCUGAUACACAAAACAACGAUACACAAAACAACGAUACACAAGAUGCUGAUACGCAAGACGUCGAUACACAAAACGAUGAUACACAAAACAACGAUACACAAAACGACGAAACACAAGACAACGAUACACAAAACAACGAUACACAAGACGCCGAUACACAAAACAACGAUAUACAAGACGCCGAUACACAAAAUGAUGAUACGCAAGAAGAUGAUACACAAAACAACAAUACACAAGACGCUGAUACGCAAGACGCCGAUACACAAGACGCCGAUACACAAAACAACGAUACACAAAACAACGAUACACAAAACAGCGAUACACAAGACGCCGAUACACAAAACAACGAUACACAAGACGCCGAUAUACAAAACGACGAUACGCAAGAUGAUACACAAAACGACGAUACACAAGACGCCGAUACACAAAACAACGAUACACAAAACAACGAUACACAAAACGCCGAUACACAAAACGACGAUACACAAGACGACGAUACACAAAACAACGAUACACAAGACGCCGAUACACAGAAUGAUGAUACACAAGACGACGAUAAACAAGACGCCGAUACACAAAACAACGACACACAAGACGCAGAUACACAAAACAACGAUACACAAGACGCCGAUACACAAAACAACGAUACACAAGACGCCGAUACACAAAACAACGAUACACAAGACAACGAUACACAAGACGACGAUAAACAAAAUGAUGACACACAAAACAACGAUACACAAAACAACGAUACACAAAACAACGACACACAAGACGCCGAUACACAAAACGAUGAUACGCAAGACGCCGAUACACAAAAUGAUGAUAUGCAAGAAGAUGAUACACAGAACAACGAUACACAAAACAACGAUACACAAGACGCCGAUACACAAAACAACGAUACACAAGAUGACAAUAAACAAGACGCCGAUACACAAAACGAUGAUACGCAAGACGCCAAUACACAAGACGCCGAUACACAAAAUGAUGAUAUGCAAGAAGAUGAUACACAAAACAACGACACACAAAACAACGAUACACAAGGCGCCGAUACACAAAACGAUGAUACACAAAACAACGAUACACAAGACGCCGAUACACAAAACAACAAUACACAAGACGACAAUAAACAAGACGCCGAUACACAAAACGAUGAUACACAAGACGCCGAUACACAAAAUGAUGAUACACAAGAAGAUGAUACACAAAACAACGAUACACAAGACGCUGAUACGCAAGACGUCGAUACACAAGGCGCCGAUACACAAAACGAUGAUACACAAAACAACGAUACACAAAACAACGAUACACAAGACGCCGAUACACAAAAUGAUGAUACGCAAGAAGAUGAUACACAAAACAACAAUACACAAAACAACGAUACACAAAACGUUGAUACGCAAGAAGAUGAUACACAAAACAACGAUACACAAGACGCCGAUACACAAAACGCUGACACACAAAACAACGAUACACAAAACGAUGAUACACGAGACGAUGAUACACAAAACGACGAUACACAAGACGCCGAUACACAAAACGCGGAUACACAAGACACCGAUACACGAAACGACGAUACAUGA